GUGAGGAGCUCUUUCGUCUCAAGUUUGAGCCCAUCCGCAAAAAAUGCCACUUCUCUAGAAACUUCUUCCUUUCUCCUUCAUUUAAUUUAAACGUCGCAAGUCUUCGCCAAUAAUUAUCGUUACCGGAAUAAUAAUGAAUUACCAACCCAGAAGCCGCGAGCUCUCCUGGGCCAAGCCCCUCUCCGUCGACCUGCUCCUCAAAGUCCUCAAUGUCACCUUCCUCCAUCCGUUCGUAGGAUGGAUGGUGCCACUUUGCAUGCGAGCGCAGGCUAUGAAAUGGAGCCAUCCUGCCAUCCAAAUCGCCAUCGGAUAUGCCUCUCUCCUUACCGCCUGGUACUUCCUCGACGUCCUCAAUAAACAGAUUGCGUUCUCGAAGCCACGGAAGGUGGACUUCUCAGAUGAAGUAAUCGUCAUUACUGGAGGUGCAAGUGGGUUGGGACUCUUGAUUGCAGAGGUCUAUGGUAUGCGGGGAGCUACAGUUGCGGUAUUGGAUGUUAAAGAUCUCGAAUCUGGAGAGGCCCGGGGGGUCUCAGUCUACAAGUGCGACGUGGGAAACAAGGACCAAGUUGCGAAGGUAGCAAUUGAGAUCGAAAGAGACCUUGGAACCCCGACAAUUCUAAUCAAUAAUGCUGCCAUUGUCAACGGCAAGCCCCUCAUGGACCUUUCGUUAGAUGAAAUCGACCGCAACUUCCGAGUCAACCUCCUGUCCCACUUUUACACUACCAAGACUUUCCUCCCCGGCAUGAUCCGCUCUGGGCAGGGCACGAUUGUCACGAUCUCCAGUGUUAUUGGCCAAACUGGUGCUGCACAACUCACAGACUAUGCUGCUGCCAAAGCGGGUAUCACAGCACUCCACAAAUCUCUCGCUGCAGAAUUGAAGUCAACACCAGAGAUCAAAACGAUACUUGUGUCUCCAGGCCAACUCAGUACCCCAUUAUUUAAUGGCGUCCAGACUCCGAACUCCUUCUUUGCUCCUGUCCUUGAGCCGGUUGAUGUUGCCAAAGAGGUCAUUGCGGCUAUAGAUUCUGGUAGCAGCGCUGUCUUGGCAAUGCCACUGUAUGCUAGAUGGAUUGACUGGAUGAAUGUCUUCCCCGUGGGCGUGCAAGCAAUUUUGAGGGGAAUGUGUGGUGUUGAUGCCGGCAUGAAGACAUUUCAAGGUCGGAGUGCACCGGGAGAGAAGGAAAGUUUGAUAUAGAAGCAGAUUUUUGGCGCUGGCGUCAACUGCAAUAUUGUAAUGCAUGUAUGUAUAAAAUAUACCACCAAGUGCAUGGACGACUGCUGCUUCAGACCUAAAAGUGAGCUGCUUAGCUCACUCGUCCCCGAGUUCUGCCAGCUGUG